GUACUCGAGCAAUUCAUGUCGGGUCCUCAUAGUUAUAUGCUUUCGAAUAGCACUAUAUUUGCAAUGAGCAAAGCAGCAAUGGAGCCUAAAAUCUUGGUAUUCCUACUCCUGGUAAGUUACUCGUCAGUACUCUUCAAUCUGGCACUCUGCGCCCAACCUUACCAAGGAAAAUGGAAACUGUUGAAGAGGAGCAUCGGAAUUUCAGCAAUGCACAUGGCACUGCUACCAAAUGAGCGAAUCGUCACUUUUGACAGAACGGAUUUCGGUCCUUCCAACAUUACUCUUCCGCAAGGAAAGUGCAUAAAGGACUUGCAAUCUUCGGACUGCUUUGCGCAUUCUGUCGAGUUUGAUCCAGCAACCCGCGCUGUUAGGCCACUCACUAUAUUGUCAGAUACAUGGUGUUCUUCUGGCGCGUUGUCACAGGAUGGUACUUUAGUACAAAGUGGUGGUUACAGACUUGGAGAAAAAGUUGUCCGAUACUUCAAGCCAUGCAUGGAUUGCGACUGGGAAGAGGAUAAAAAUGGUCUUCUUUCACCAAGAUGGUAUGCUUCUAAUCAAAUUUUACCAGAUGGGAAGAUCAUUGUCGUCGGUGGGAGAUACCAGUUCACAUAUGAAUUUAUUCCUAAAGCCUCCAGUUCUGAUCAACGACUAUACCAACUUCCAUUCCUAAAAGAAACAAGAUAUUCACCCCUGGUCCCCAACAACCUCUACCCCUUUCUACAUCUCUCAACUGACGGAAAUCUGUUUGUUUUUGCCAAUGACCGAGGAAUUCUACUUGAUUAUGUGAACAACAAGGUGAUUAGAACUUAUCCUGUCAUGCCUGGUGGCUUUUCUCACAGUUAUCCCAGCACAGGUUCCUCUGUUCUUCUCCCUUUGAAACUCUUAAGCACCGACAACGAAAACAACACUAGUACCCAAGAUGCUGAGGUCUUAAUCUGCGGUGGGACACCCCCGGACUCAAACGAAAAGGCUAAUAUCGGAAUCUUUGUCCCAGCAUCAAAAUCUUGCGGCCGGUUGAUAAUUACAGCGGCGUCCCCGCAAUGGGAAAUGGAGGAAAUGCCAAUCAACAGAGUGAUGGGCGACAUGAUCAUGUUGCCAACAGGAGAUGUGCUUAUCAUAAAUGGUGCGGCCAAAGGCAGUGCUGGUUGGGGUGUUUCACGAAAACCUGUCCUGAACCCAGUGUUAUACCGCCCUGCGGACACUCCAAGCAGUGACAAAAACACCAGAUUUGAGGUAUUAAGUCCUUCUAUGAUUCCCAGACUUUAUCAUUCAACUGCUCAUUUGCUUUCAGACGGUCGAGUUUUAGUCGGUGGCAGCAAUCCGAAUAUGAAUUACAACUUCUCUGCCCUUUAUCCAACUGAACUUAGCCUUGAAGCAUUUUAUCCUCCAUAUUUGAGUUCAACAAAGCCUCGGCCAUCGAUCCUUACCGUAAGGCCUGGGUUGAAACUUGGUUAUAAGGAGAAAGUUUCUCUGGAGUUCACAGUGGAGGGGAAUGUUAAUCAGGGAGAUGUUUAUGUUACAAUGGUGGCUCCAUCGUUUACUACACAUUCAAUUGCGAUGAACCAAAGGUUGCUAGUGCUGGCGUUGGAUGAGGGAGUGAAGAAGACUCCUUCCGGUAACUAUUUGGUGGAAGGCAAUGCGCCUGAAACAGCGGCAUUGGCGCCGCCAGGGUUUUACCAGUUAUUUUUGGUGCAUGAAGGUAUUCCUAGCAAAGGGACGUGGGUCCAUAUCAAGCAGUAGUCCUAAUUAAGAGCUACAAUUAGUAGUAUCUUUCUUUAGUUUAAAUGUAAGAUGAAUUGGCCAUUAGAUGAAGAAUGUAACGCUGUGUUCUUAUUUAUAUAAAUAAUUUGGGUAUAUUAAUGCAAAGUCAAGUGUUGAA